UCCAGUCAGUAAAACCCACUCAGAGCCGGGGAGAGGAAAACUUUUCUACCAACUUUAUUUCUGUUUUCGAGACGGAAUCACAAGCCGGGUGGAUACUUUUAACCUACAAUAUUGUACAAAGUAGUUUUUAAGACGAGCUGUGUGGGUUUUGUGUUUUUUUUACGUGUGGUCGCGUUAGCGGCGGUGCUCCCUGGUUACUAACUGGCUUUGUUUUUUUCUUUUUCCUUUUCUUUUUGUAUAUAUUCGCACAAGUUUGACUUCUCCAAACAAAGUCUCGACACUGAAAAAGUUUCUUCCUCCGUGGGACGAUUUUUUGUGUAGCAAGAAACUUGGUUUCAGUCGAAGGUGGAUGGCACAAGUAACGUGGGCUGCUCGAGUUAACUGAGUAAACUUUGAACGCUGCUUUUAAAGUAUAUAAAACCGCACCUGUAUGAGGAAAUUGAACUCAGGACGUUUUCUUUUAACGGAGACUACGUUUCAUUUGUUUUCGUUCUGUGUACUGUAUUUAUUUCGGUACUUUUAACAUGGCGAUGAAGACAAUUGUUGCGCUCGCGGUUUAUGUGUCCGCCGUGAUUUUUGCCUCUGCCAGCCCGGCCGAACAGAAGUCAAAGAACUGCAAUGAAGUCCGAACAGCUUACAGCUCCAAGGGCUUCAACAUUAACGACGUUCCCAACAAAGGAGUGCAUGUAGCCCAUCUGAAGGUGUGUCCCCAAGGCUUCUCAUGCUGCACUCUGGAGAUGGAGGAAAAACUGAGUCAACAGAGCUGCUCGGAUCUGAAAGUCCCCAUCUCUCAGUUGAGCUCCAACCUGCAGAGCACAUUCACUGAAAGACACAAACACUUUGACAAGUUCUUCAAAGAGCUGCUCAACAACGCCGAGAAGUCAUUGCACAACAUGUUUGUUCUAACCUACGGUGUGAUGUACGUAAAGAACGCGGAGCUCUUCAAGCAGUUCUUUGAUGACCUCCGGCGUUACUAUGUGUCGGGCAGCUCAGCUGUGCACCUCGACUCUAUGCUGGCCGAAUUCUGGGCAGAGCUACUCGAGCGCAUGUUCCGGCUGGUCAACGUGCAGUACGAGUUCAGCGAUUCCUACAUGGAAUGUGUGAGCCGGCACACGGAGGAGCUCAAGCCAUUUGGUGAUGUACCACGGAAGCUCAAACUGCAGCUGAGCCGAGCCUUCAUCGCUGCUCGCACCUUCACCCUCGGCCUGCAACUCGUUCCUGAGGUGGUCAGCAAAGUGUCCACGGUGAGUGCCACUCCGAGCUGUGUCCGGGCUGCUAUGAAGAUGCUGUACUGCCCGUACUGCACAGGUCAAGUGGCUCUGAAGCCCUGUAAAAAUUACUGCCUCAAUGUGAUGCGUGGCUGCUUGGCUAACCAGGCAGACCUCGACACCGAAUGGAACAACUUUCUGGAUGCCAUGCUGAGUCUCGUUGAGAGGCUGGAGGGUCCAUUUAACUUUGAGUCAGUAAUUGAUCCUAUAGAUGUAAAGAUCUCCGAGGCCAUUAUGAACAUGCAGGAGAACAGCAUGCAAGUUUCACAGAAGGUGUUCCAGGGUUGCGGUCAGCCAAAACCAGCCAUUCGCUCUCGGCGUUCUACAAAAGACUCAGGUUUUCCAGGACGCUUCCGCCCAUACAGCCCAGAUGCCAGACCCACCACUGCAGCUGGCACCAACAUGGAUCGACUGGUCACAGAUGUGAAGAAGAAACUGAAGGAUGCCAAGAAAUUCUGGUCCAAACUGCCAGAGACGUUGUGUGUUGAAGACAAAGUAGCCCUCGGUGAUGAAUGCUGGAAUGGCACAGCCAAGAGCAGGUAUGAGUCUGUGGUUUUGGGCAGUGGCUUAGCUAACCAAGUCUUAAAUCCCCAUGUGCAAGUGGAUAUCACUAAGCCAGAUGCAGUAAUUCGGAGGCAGAUUGCAGUGCUGAAGGAAAGGACUAUGUGGCUUAAGGCAGCCCACAGUGGAAAUGACAUCACAGUCGAGAAUGAUGAAAGCAGCGGAGAGGGUAGUGGCAGCGGCUGUGACGCACCUUCCUGCGAUAACGACAAAGACAUGUAUUUCUCUACACCGACAACCGUCAAACCCAACAUAAAGAUUCUACUCGAUAAAGACUCCUCCAGUGGUGUACGGCUGGCACCGUGCAGUUUGGCUUUGACCCUGGCUGGUUUUCUUCUGGCUCUUCUGACAUCUCACACCAGAUAAGAGAGCUUUGGAAAAGGAUACAGAGGAUGAACAUGAGAAGAACAGAAAACUGUCCGAGAACGUUUUAAAAGAGGAAAAAAGGCCACCUUCAGGACUAUGGUCUGCCAGCCAGCUAGGAAAAAAAACCUCUCAAGUUAUUAACACUCUAAUAACGUCACCUUAAUGUUUUUAUUCUUUACUUUUAAUACAAAUGGACUUUAAUGUAUAGAAGUGGAUUCCCAACCAGCAGUAUACCUCCCUUCCAUUCUUUUUGUUUCACUUUUACAUUUUCUUCCCAGAGUCAUCAGUGUUUUUUGUUCCACACAACCAGCUGUAUUUACAACAAACUGUUUUGCUUUCCAUAUUGCGCUUUAGCGGACAGAUUAGUUCCACAUUUAGGUAUUUGUGUGUGUGCGCUAGUAUGAAUGACGUUUUUUUAAGAGAUCAUUUUCUAAAAGAACUUCUCAGAAACAGUUUGACUGAGGAAAGUAAACAUGUAGCAGGUAUGCUGUCAUCAGUGUUCCAGAGUUUGUUUAUGCUGAUUUGUGCCCAACGGUGCGGCACAGAUUUUGGCAAGCCUUAAGAACAAAAUCCCAACACCCAGCAUACUGUUCAUAAUGACUGAAGAUAAGAGCCAAGCCACCCAAGAUGACUUGGUACAGAGAAUGAACGGCUUUUGAAAAUCCCUGCCAUCGUUCCUUCAGCUGCUUUUUCUUUUUGGAAUGGCUCACAUGUACAAAUACUGGCCUGGCAUUGACCUGUGCUGAGGGCGAGCUGUGCACACACAUGACCUUGUUUAUUUAGCUUUAACCAUCUAGUGUGCAGCGUACGAAUAAAACGGCCUAGUGGCUGUUUUGUGCUCCGGCGCUCACAAAAGAAAUGAAAUCACAAACGAGGGAAAUGAAAUCCACCUGGACAGAAUGUACAUUAUGGAAUUCUGAAAGAAUAUUGAUGAAUCUAACAGGGUUUUAUGUGGAUUUUUUUGUUGUUGUUGGUAGAAUUUAAUCUAAAGUGAAAUCUAUAUAUUGGGUAUUACAGGAACGUUUUUGUUCACCAGAAUUAUUGAAAAUGCUGAGCUGCAUGACAUGGAGUACAUUCUUCAUGCAUGUUAAAGUUUUAUAAUUUGUUCGUCUCAUAGACAAACAAAACUCUUUGAUCUGAAGAAGAUGCCCAGUAAGAGUGUCCUAUUUCAAUCCACUCUUGCGUCAAGUGUCUGUUCGAAUACAAAAAAACACUUUCCACUAUCCUGCUGUGCCCACACUAAAGUGCCUCUCCAAGCAGUCGAUUGGACCUUUUCUUUUGUAGCUUGUUGCCUGUACAUCUAGGUUUUAAUUAAUGACAGCUUCAGGGUUACGUUACGUUCCUAAGAUACUACUUGCAAGAGUUUUUUUGGGGGUUUUUUUAACCAUUGUUCAGUGUCCCAUUUCCGCCCCCUUCUUCUCCUUCCAAAUGUACAGUAAGUUAUUUAUCUGCAUGGCUUUUAAAAGAUGCUUUUACAAACAUAAUGGCAGAUAUUGCUUCCAUAAAGAUCAGUAUUCAGAAAUAUAUUUAUAUCUAUAGAUUGAUGCAUUUUAACAGUUUCAGAAAUUACCUGAUGUUAUAUUGGCUGGAAAAUUCAUAUCACGUAAAGCUAAAAGUUUGUAAACCAGCUUAUCAUUGGUGUUUUUUUCUUCCCCUAAAAGUCAAAAGAAUGCUCUUUAGAAGCCUGCAACGUGAAGGACUGGGUUGGCCCCGAGUUCUUGAGUGUCAUGCUUUUUCACAGAUGUUCAAAAUGCCCAAUUUGUUGAGCUUCUGUUAACAGUCCAACCUGAUCUUUCAAUCAUAUAUUUUCAUGAGGAAAAAACAAGAAUCUUCUUUAUUCUCCAUGUAAACAUUUUAAGGUUGUUCUUUAUAUGUGAGUCAUGAAUUAAGAACAAUGUAAGUUAUCUUAUGUUGCCACAACAAGCCUUUCUUCUUACAUGCAAAGAAGGAAUGGUGGUGCCUUAUCUAUAACAAUGUGGCUUUUAAGUCUGCCGGGACUGAGUAGAUAUGAACGGUUAAACUGGGAGGAUUGCUUUUCUUGAUCCAACCGUUUUAUAGGAAUACUGAACACCAGAAUGAAGUCUGUGUAAUCUUGCUUUUUUUAAACAGUCCUGGACAAUUGAACCAUCUUUGGAAAAGAAUGAAGAGAACCCUGACUACAAAGAGGGAAAAUGUAAAUACAGAGCAGUUGGUUUAGAGGUCUCUGAAAGAGCUUUUAACUCCAAGUUUUAGUCUUUCAGAGGUUAGGCUUAACACAUGGAGAAAUCAUGCUAAAAUGUACAAGAAAAGGUGUAUUACACAUGUCAGAGUCUUGUAAAAUAAAGACUGCAGAUAUUUAAAUCUCA